AUGGCCAGCAAAGAACUUCCCAAUUUACAUCAAAAGACACUCUUCCAGCAAAAAUGGCUAGCUAAGCGCGAAACACGGGCCUAUCAUGGCGAUGAACUCACUGAAAAACAAUUCAAGACCAAAUUCUUCGAUGCCAAAUUACCUACUGUCAAUGCUGCCUCACAAUCAGUGCCUCAUCCUCCUGUAUCUGUAUUGACAUUUGCCGAAUUAGAAAGACGAUUGGAUUUUGUGGUGUUCCGAUCCAACUUUUGCUCCUCCAUCUAUGCUGCUCGUCAACUUUGUGUUCAUGGCAAAGUGUUAGUCAAUGGCAAAAAGCUCACAUAUCCUUCACAUAAACUCAAAGACGGCGAUAUGAUCACAGUAGAUCCUCAAGCAAUUCAAAUGCUCAAGGGCGAAAAGGGAACCGAAUUAUCAUUCGAACUCAAACCAUUCUCACAACCAUUCUUGUUCGUGCCUGAAUACCUCGAAGUCAACUAUAACACCUGUCAAACUGUCUUUUUACGAUCCCCCAUCUCAAGACCUGGUCGAUCCGAAAUUCCUUCUCCUUUCCCUCCUGAAAUUCAUUCUUUGGCCUACGAAUAUUACGCUAGAAACAAAUAG